UUUAUUUUAUUUUUAGUGCUUGGUUGAGAAAUGAAGAUUCAUCAGUUGUUUCUCGUUUAUCUCGAUUAAUUGAAGCUGUAACAAAUUUAAGUAUGAGAACAGCUGAAGAUCUUCAGAUUGCAAAUUAUGGUGUUGGUGGUCAUUAUGAACCACAUUAUGAUUUUGCACGAAAAUCAGAGAAAGAUGCGUUCUUAGGUCUUGGCGCCGGAAAUCGUAUUGCUACAUGGUUAACUUAUUUGAGUGAUGUCGAACAAGGUGGUGCAACAGUUUUUCCUGUCGUUGGCGGUCAUUUGAAACCAAAAAAAGGAAGUGCUGCAUUUUGGUAUAAUCUUUAUGCAUCGGGUGAAGGAGAUUACAAUACUCGUCAUGCAGCUUGUCCUGUAUUAAUUGGAAACAAAUGGGUUGCAAAUAAAUGGAUUCAUGAACGUGGUCAAGAAUUUCGUCGUCCAUGUUUACUAGAUCCAAUGGCAUAA